UUGACGUUGUUGUUGUAAGUGGUGGAGAAAUUACUUUGUCGGUGGUGGUCCGGUUUGGGAUUUUACGCUUAGUUCCACCUAUGGAGAUGCUAAAAAGUUAGGAAUUGUUGCUCUUGGAAACGUAUAUGGACAUUACAAGUUAAUACUUGCUGGAAAACUAAAUGGGACGAUGAAAACAAUAUCUGCUAGGCCGUUCAAGGUGUGGCUGGUAGAGUAGUGGACUGGACCCUCCACCCCCCACCCCUUCCCUUGCUGUCCUGCCAGGGAGAGCAGAGUCUGUGUUUCUUUUUAUUUAGUAUUUUCUGCCCGGACACAACCUACAAACGUGUGAAUUCAUGAUCACAUGACCGUGGAUAUGGACGCAGUCCUGUCCGACUUUGUCCGUUCCACUGGAGCCGAACCGGGAUUGGCCAGAGACCUGCUGGAGGGCAAGAACUGGGAUUUUACUGCUGCCCUCAGUGACUUUGAGCAGCUGCGACAGGUGCAUGCUGGGAACCUAGCGUAUUCGUUUGCAGAGGAGAGGACUUAUCUGCCUCCCGAAAAGGAGAUGGCACGGAUAGGAAGGCCUAUACUCCACCGCCAAGAUGAGGUGGUGCAAGCAGCUACAGAAAAGCGUCUGUCGAGGGGCAUUUCCCACGCCAGUUCAACCAUCGUGUCUCUGGCACGCUCUCACGUCUCAAGCACUGGAGGUAGCAGUAGUGAGCCCCUUCUGGACACACCCCUGUGCACUUUUCAACUACCAGACCUCACGGUGUACCGGGAUGACUUCCGUGGCUUCAUCGAGAGGGACCUUAUUGAGCAGUCAAUGAUGGUGGCCUUGGAGCAUGCUGGGCGACUGAACUGGUGGACAAAAGUGGUUUCAAACUGUCAGAGUCUGCUGCCUCUGGCAACAAGCGGAGACGGAAAUUGCCUGUUACACGCAGCUUCGCUUGGUAUGUGGGGUUUUCAUGACCGGGACCUGAUGCUACGGAAGUCCCUGUAUGCGCUAAUGGAUCACGGGUUGGAGAGAGAUGCACUGAAGCGCAGGUGGAGGUGGCAGCAGACCCAGCAGAACAAAGAGUCUGGUCUGGUGUACACUGAGGAGGAGUGGCAGAAAGAGUGGAAUGAACUGUUGAAGCUAGCCUCCAGUGAGCCGAGAAUACACUACAGCACCAACGGCACCAAUGGGGCCGAGUCCUCAGAUGAACCAGUGUAUGAGAGUUUAGAGGAGUUUCACGUCUUUGUCUUGGCCCAUGUCCUCAGAAGGCCCAUAGUGGUGGUGGCCGACACCAUGCUGAGGGACUCUGGAGGAGAGGCCUUUGCUCCCAUCCCGUUUGGAGGCAUCUACCUGCCCUUGGAAGUGCCAGCUGCCAAGUGCCAUCGCUCGCCCCUGGUGCUGGCAUACGAUCAGGCGCACUUUUCUGCCCUGGUCUCCAUGGAGCAGAAGGACAGCUCUAAAGAGCAAGCAGUUGUGAUCCCUCUCACUGACUCAGAGCACAAAAUGCUGCCUCUGCACUUUGCUGUGGACCCUGGGAAAGAAUGGGAGUGGGGCAAGGAUGACACAGACAACGUGAUGCUGGCAAGUGUGGCUCUCUCUUUGGAGGCAAAGCUCCAGAUGUUACACACUUACAUGACGGUCACCUGGCUGCCCCUGCCCUGUGAGCAAGCCCCUCUGGCCCAGCCCGAGUCUCCAACAGCAUCGGCAGGAGAGGAUGCCCGCACGCCUCCUGACUCAGGAGAGUCAGACAAGGAGUCAGUCAGCAGCAGCUCCAAUGGCAAUGGAGACACAACCACAGGAUCAGCGGUCAAUGGAGGCGGGUCCUUGGCCAAGAACAGCUCCUCCUCCUCCUCUAGUUCCUCUAGCAGUGGAUCAGCAGGGGUGGGAACAGGAACAAUGGGGAAGGACAAAACCAAGAAGGAAAAGGACAAGGAUAAAGACAAGAAGAGGGCAGACUCUGUGGCCAAUAAGCUUGGCAGUUUUGGCAAGAGCCUGGGCAGCAAGCUGAAGAAAAACGUGGGCGGACUGAUGACAGGAAAGAACGCUGGAGCUGGAGGUGUCAAGCAGGAGGGUGGGGAGAAGAAGAAGGGCUCAUUUAGGGGGAGGAAGGGCAGCAAGGAUGGCUCACCUUCAGCCCACGCCUCAGAGGAUUCUGGGAAAGGCUCCCCCUCCUCAGGUAGCGAGCGUCUCAACGGAACGGGGAGCAGUAUGAGCAGCAGCGGUGGGAGCAGUACUGAGUGUGAUACCUACAAGUACAGCGCUGAUGUCAAGGUCAGCCUGGGCAUCCUGCGAGCUGCCAUGCAAGGUGAGAGGAAAUUCAUCUUUGCCAGCCUUCUCACUACGAGCAACCGGCAGCCCUUCCAGGAGGAGAUGAUCCAGCGCUACCUUAGCGAUGCAGAGGAUCGGUUUCGGGCUGAGCAAGAACAACAGCGUCGUGAUGCAGAGAGGAAGGGUGUCACCAAUGGUGUCCAGCCACAUAAGAGGGAGACAGUCGGUGGUACAGAUCUGACCUACCGGUCUUAUGAGGCCAAAGAGGAGCUGUCAGAGAACACGUCACCUUCUUUCAACCAACUCAAGUCCUCUCCUUUGAGCCCCUCUAUGUACUCUGGUGUUGUGCCCAUCCCCCGGGCCUCCUUCAUAGACCAGCCUCCUGCUGCAGCACCCCUCACCCAGCACCUUCAUAUGCACAGCUACAUGGAUACUCGGCGCCAGCUAGCUGGCGGCUCUCCGGCAACCUCCUACCCCGGCCUCCCCUCUUACGCCACCCUUCCCCGGCACUGCCCCACAACACAGGGUCCCUCCCAUCCCCAGUACAAUAACUCACAAGGCCCCACCUCCCUGAGUCCCUCUCGCCUUGCACCCUCAUAUCCCCCUGAGUUCGACCCACCAGACUACCCUGGGUCUGAACCCACUGGUGGGAGUUACACCAACGGUUUCCGGGACAUGCGCUCCAACCUAGACUCUCGUAGUGGGCAACUUCCAGUCAGACACUACUCACUGGGCAGCGCUGGUGGUUUGGCCAGCCUGCAGUCGAGCCGCUGUCGGACACCCAGCUGCACCUACUACGGACACCCCGAGACGGGCAACUACUGCUCUUACUGCUACCGGGAAGAGCUGAAAAAGAGGGAGACAGAACCAGCCAUCCACAGGUUCUGAAUGGACCUAGCUAUGGCUUCAAUUUGACGAGUGGCCUUUUUCAGUAAAUAGAAUAAUGGCUAGGGCAGAUCAGCCUCUAAAUGGACAAUAGAAAGGCACAACCAGCUCCUUCCGUUUUAUAGCUGUGUCACUUCUUGUUUGAUUAGACAACCUCAGAAAGUGGCAGUCGACACGACUACAGAAUACACAGGGUGGUUUCUGACUGCUGGGGUCACAUGUUAGACCAUAGAAUUAACUGACUGCACUUCUGUUAAAUUUUGCUGUGGCUCUUAUGCAGGCGUUAUGUAUGAGUGUGUUUGUGUGUGUGAGCUGCGGGCUCUCCUUUAUCAGAGUUUAGCGCCUUGCUACUGUCUCCUCCUAGUGGAGAGAAUGUAUAUGGCAGGCGCCAUACAUAACACUCAUCAACACAUAUACAGUAUAUGCACAAAAAUACACUAAGUCAGACUCACACUACUUCAUACACAGGGAUGCAAGCAUAAACAAAGAAGGCAUGGGUAUCGCUACUCCAAUUGUGGUCUGUGAUAAAGUUUGGAUUGGUCAAUUAAGGGAUGUUUGAGCAUUUUGAAGUCACAUCUGGAAAGGGUGAUUUCAGUGUUAUAAGGAUUUUACACUACUGUCAUUAGAUGCUUGCGUCAUUUGUACCUCGGGAAACAGCAGAUUGAAUCCUUGUUGAAUUGCUUUUUCGUCUGUCACCAUUUGCAUAAUGCAAAUUGAAACUACCGUGCAAUGCUAAUGAUUAAGCGUUCUGUGGGCUGCUGUGGUGCUAAUGUUUGAGAAUGCAAACACAUAAAUGUUCAUGCAUUUAAAACAACUUCUCUGCACUGUUAGUAUUAUCUUCUUGGCAAAACAAAUAUAACUUAAAAUUUCACUUUUUUGUCCAAUUCAUAUAACUAUAAAUUGGAUUAUGAAGAUGACAAACUUUUGAAGGUUAAAUGCAUUUGGUCACAUUAUUGACCAGACCUUGUAGAACAAAAACAACACUAUGUUAAGAUGGUGUUUCUAGAGCCUGAUCCAGAGUGUUUCAUAUAUUUGGUUGUUUCUCUGUCUUAGUUGGGUCUUCCUCUUUCUGUAACAAUGGUUGGCAUUGAGGUAUUUAAUUAUUGUGACCAACCUAGGCAUGCAAUACUUCAUACUACAAAGUCAAAAUGUCACAUCCAGCACAACAGAUUUUGGAGACACCCGUCAUGUGCAUAACAUGUUGUGUAUGUUAUUGAAAUGUUACUAAACACAUUUGUGGAUUUCAGACAAGUAAAUGAGCUGAUUUGCUAUUAAACAUAUGACAUAAACUCACCCUAAAGCAUUGAGGAUUUCUGCAGUUGUAACCGUUGUCUCCAGAGUCUGUUUGCCUGAUACAAUGUGACGCAUGCACUUUUGCUGGAUGUUGAUACCUAAUAACACUGACAUUGUAUUGACAAAUUCUUGUAACAAGUGAACAUGCUCAUAUGGUUAAGAAAUGUGAAAAAUGUUUAAUACAAUCUCAUGAUCACACAAAAGGUUAACUUCAAAGUCAUACGUUCAUGGAGUCCUUACAAAUAGGACAUCCUAAUAGUUAUUGGUUUGGUCGCCCACUACUGAAGGCGGUUUCUUAAUUUCUGGCAUUCGUCCCGCCAAAUCCAGUUGCGUUACCUCUUUUUGCACAAAUUCAAGCACUUUCCUGAUGUCCGUAGAUACAAAACUUUUUACUGUUUUUGAAGUGGCCUGACUGUUGUCCUUUGUUCAUCUCUGCAGAAACUGCCACCUCUGUUCAUGGGAAGUCAGGGGCACAGGUCAGAAGGGUUUCUCUAAAGGAUUCAGUUACUGUAGAGCUACAGCAUUUUGGUGCCAGUGUCACCGUCUAACUCAGUUUCCUAGUUGCCUUUUUCAGCAUUUUGUUCUCGUGGCAUCACAGUCCAGUUUGUAUGUUGUGCAAGAUGAACAUCCAAGUAUCCACUGCUUGCUUCAUGGCCUGCAGUUUCUACUACUACUGCCCCAAAAUUUCACAAAGUAUUAUGUUUCAGUUGUAUGGAAGCGAUUGGAAUAUUGCCAUUAUUCUUCUUAGUUAGGCAUAUCAACUAGUUGAUACAGCUUGAUGUACUUUUUGAGUUUUCAUUAUUAUAAUUUCAAACCCAAGGCUGUUUAAUUUGUACUAAUGUCAAAAUGACUACUUAAAUUUGUUAUUAUUUCCACUGUGAUAAGUCAUGGUGAGCAAUUUCCUUUAAGGCAGUGUGACUCUAGUUGCCCUACUGUUGUUAGUCAAAUCUGUUCUUUGGCAUUAAGUCUAGAAAAGCACAAUUUAGUAUGCAAUUCACUGCCUUGCCCUGUUGAGGGCACUCUUGUUUUGUUUUUAACUCAGUGUUUGGAGCUUACCCCCCUGACCCACACUCAAACUACAAACAAAAAUUACCAAAAUAUUGGGGAAUACUUUUCAUUAAUGCUAAUUUAACACUAUGUAACACUAUAUUACAAUAUUGUCUAUAUUGCAAAAGCUGGUCAAGGAAGAAGGGAGUCUUUUUGCUGUGGAUUUAAUGUAACACUAGAGUUUUAAUGACAAUAAAACACUUAAAUCCAGCUAUUUCCCAAAAAAACAUUUGCAUUUGCUGUGUUUAUGUGUGUUGACGUGUGUCCAUGCACUGGCAUUUUAAUUCAGACAAGACCCUUGAAGUGUUCCCUUACUUUGGGAAGGUGGUGUUUGUUUUUAAAAAUGUGUAUGUGUGCAUACUCUCUCCCGCCCUCCAAAGUAAUAAUUUGCUUACAAAACCACUUUAUUGUUAUUUUUGCAAUGAAACGGAAGCCCUCAGAAACAUGUACAACAUCAGAUGUUACAGGCUACAAACACUUUUUUGUAUUUAAGAAAAAAACAGUCAGAGGUUGUAUAAAUAUGUUUCGAGUUAUUUUUGUAAGCCCAAAGUUUUACAGUGUUUUUAAAAGGGUAAGAAUGUAUAUUGUUGGAUAUUAAAACCGGUAAUGAUGAUAAGCUUGUAAGAGCCUGGAUUUGGGGUAGAAUUUAUGUUUACCAAAAAGUGACAUUUUGGCAGUUGAAGGUCACUCUCAGACGGGCCUCUUGACACUCGAGGGUCUCUCAUUGCAAACUUAUUUCCUCAAUGCUGACCUAACAAAUACCAUUUGAGAAUAUAUAUUUAUAGUGAGAUUUUUUAAUAGGUUUCCUUGUGGAAUGUUUAGUUGCGACAUUUUAGGAUGUUCUUUCUCACAUGGCUAAUUGUCUUGCAGUCUGGCUUUUUAUUUGUUUGUUGCUUUUUUGAUUUGUACAUUUUGUUUACUUUUUUCUACAACCACCAAUCCGUGCUAUGCUAAAACAUGACAGUAAUGUUCUUGUUGACCCAGCUUAUUUCCUCCAAACAAGAAGAGAAAUGGCUCAGAAUUAGUUUCGCGACACAGCUGACCCUAUAUAUUUUUAUAUAUUGUACAACACUGUAACUUCUGUGUGAACAGAAUAUUCAUCAUCAGUGACAUUAACAUGGAAUACUUCGAGUUGCAUGGGACUGGAACUGUUGCAUGUAAAUGGCAAUCCAUUUUACCAAAUUUGUGCAUUAUUUUAACUUGAUUUCAGUUGUCCUGGUAUUUUGAUUUGUUUUUAUUUCUUUUAUUGUUUUAAUGUUUUUUUGAGAGGAGAGUCCUAAGGCUGUGUGACAGUGCAAUCUGGAUAGAAAGAACAUCAGAUUUUAUGUUAGGUUGUUAUUAUUAUUAUUAUAAUUAUUAAUUUUUUUGCACCGUUUGAAUAAAUUCUCAUUGUAUUUCAAGAA